CCGGGUGCUGGCAGCUGGGUGGUUCGGCUACAUUCGUCUGAGCAGAGUGAAGGGCGUCCUAGGGCAGAGGCGGGCUAGGCGCUGUGGCAAGGGAAAGUGACGAGCUGCCUUUCGUUGCCAGGCGGAGACGAGGACACGGCGACGCUCCCACCCGGCCGCCCACGAUCGCUAGGCGGCCAAGAUGUCAGCCGCCGGCGCCCGAGGCCUGCGGGCCACCUACCACCGGGUCCUAGAUAAAGUGGAGCUGUUGCUGCCAGAGAAACUGAGGCCUUUGUACAACCACCCGGCAGGUCCCCGGACAGUUUUUUUCUGGGCUCCAAUUAUGAAAUGGGGGUUAGUGUUGGCUGGAUUGGCUGACAUGGCCAGACCUGCAGAUAAACUCAGCACUGCUCAGUCCAGUGUUUUGAUGGCUACAGGGUUUAUUUGGUCAAGAUACUCACUUGUAAUUAUACCUAAAAAUUGGAGUCUGUUUGCUGUUAAUUUCUUUGUGGGGACAGCAGGAGCCUCUCAGCUCUUUAGAAUUUGGAGAUAUAACCAAGAACUAAAAUCUAAAGGAAUCAAUUAAAGGAGUUCCUGAUCACCUGAACAACCUAGAAUAUGGACAUAACCACUGGGACCUAGUUUAUUACUGAUAAGGUGAUAUUAACUGUGCUAACAUUUGGAAGGCGCUAGAGAAAAAAAUACUGUAACUAUAGACUAGUGCUUGAUUCUACAGAAAAAUAAAGCAAACGUUUAAUAACAGUCUCUCCUUACCUGUAACUUUAAAGGAACCUAUCUGUGGAUAUAAUGGUUAUCAGUAAAAAAAAAAAAUUUCUACCAUUUGUCCUUAAUAAAUCAUACUUGAUCAUUCA